GCCGGUCAGUCACGACCUCGCGACCUCCAUUUUCGUCUAGGUUAUAGACGUCUCGUCAGUCCGUAGCUCGCGUUUCCAUCGAUUUUCCGCUGGAAAUUAUAUUCAAUUUCCAUUUUUUGUACAUCUAGAUAAAAGUGUACAAUGACAAACUCAAAAGGUUAUCGCCGUGGUACCAGAGACCUGUUCUCUAGGGGUUUCAGGCGUCAUGGUACCCUUCCACUCUCGACGUACAUGAAAGUGUACAAAGUCGGCGACAUCGUCUCAAUCAAGGGUAAUGGAGCGAUGCAGAAAGGGAUGCCACACAAGUGUUACCACGGGAAAACGGGCCGGGUGUAUAACGUGACGCCACGCGCCCUUGGUGUUAUCGUGAACAAGCGCGUCCGUGGAAAAAUCCUCCCCAAGAGGAUCAACAUCAGGAUCGAGCACGUCAACCACUCCAAGUGCAGGGAAGACUUCCUCAGGAGGGUCAAGGAAAAUGAGAGGUUGAGGAAGGUCGCCAAAGAGACGGGUGUACGCGUCGAGCUGAAACGACAGCCGGCACAGCCAAGAGCUGCUCACCUCGUCCGUGUGACUGAGGAGCCUGUUGUUCUAGCUCCCAUACCAUAUGAAUUUAUUGCUUAAAUUCUUUUGAUUAAUAUAUGUUUUUUUUAAACUAA